GUCAUCUCACUCCCUUCCAUCGCAUCUCCCACUCUCCCUUCCACCUCUGUCGUGGCAACCACUCACUUCCACUUCCCACAAUGUUGAUCAAAGUCCGUACCCUGACCGGCAAGGAAAUCGAGCUGGAUAUCGAGCCUGACUAUAAGGUCUCCCGGAUAAAAGAGCGCGUCGAAGAAAAAGAGGGCAUCCCGCCCGUCCAGCAGCGUCUGAUUUUCGGCGGAAAGCAGAUGGCCGACGAUAAAACCGCCUCGGAAUACAACCUGGAAGGCGGCGCAACGUUACAUUUGGUUCUUGCUCUGCGGGGUGGUUUCUAAUUGAUUUCAUUCAUUGCUGGUGUUGUGGAUGAGCAUGAGCUACCGAGGACGUAUACGAGUAUAGGUGGUCUAGGGGUGGAAAAAACGAAUACAACGAGUACAUGGGUCGGUUGGGUGGUGAUCGUGAAGGAGCCUAAAGCGUCUGUUUCGUGAGAGAGAAACACUGCCCAAUUUGAAUAAGCGAUGAUGUUUUGUCUCUUGAGCUCUCAGGCUGGUCUCCUGACGGGUUCGUUCGUUCCGUUGUCGUCGUCGUCGGUACGAUAUUGUUGUUUGUGCGCCGGUGCAGUAAUAUCAGACUAUGUUUAGAUUGGACUAGUAGUAUUCACUGUCUAGAGAGAAGGU